UAUAUUACUGAACGACGAAUUGGAGUGUAUCACCAACGAUCUACGAAGAUGUCCAGAAUACCGUUCGAUGAGUCGUAUUGGCAAGACUACCUUUCUGGCCAAGAAGCGAAUCUCCCGCCUCUUCCUGAUGUGGAAGAUAUCACAGACCGAGUGGUUCGAAUACUCGGGGGAAAUCCCGGGUUCAUGUCCUUGCAAGGAACCAACACGUAUAUUGUCGGGACUGGCAAGUCGCGAAUCCUCAUCGACACUGGCGAGGGACUACCAUGCUGGAUCGACAGAAUCGUCGAGUUCCUCCAAGAGCGCGAGCUAGAGGUCUCACAUGUCCUUCUCACUCACUGGCACGGGGACCACACUGGCGGUGUUGCCGAUCUCGUGGCCUACGAUCCUGAGAUUGCUUCCCGAGUAUACAAGAACCAGCCUGACCCUGGCCAACACGACAUCACGGAAGGGCAGGUCUUCUACACGGAGGGCGCCACCGUGCGCGCUGUCUUUGCGCCAGGCCACGCCAUCGACCACAUGUGCUUCGUUUUAGAGGAGGAGAAUGCCAUGUUUACGGGCGACAACGUUCUGGGCCACGGCUACUCCGUUGUAAUGGACCUUUCCACAUACAUGAAGAGCCUGGUGCACAUGGCGGCGCAGCACUGUCCCAAGGGAUACCCGGCACACGGCGCCGAGAUAGCAAACCUACCCGCCAAAAUGCAGGAAUACAUUCACCAUAAGGAGUUCCGCGUCCAGCAAGUGUUCUCAACGCUGAUGCGGAGCAAGUCCGAAGGUCCACAGCUGGGGUCAAAUCCGAGGAGCGGCAUGACGUUGCAGGAGAUCGUGCGGUCCAUCUACGGCGAUGUGCCGCCCCAUAUUUUCGAAAAGGCGCUGGCGCCGUUCCUGUCGCAGGUUUUAUGGAAGCUGGCGGAGGACCGCAAGGUGGGAUUCAGGCCGGGAGACGUGACCAAACGACGCUGGUUCGUCAGCCAGCCGAGUCCGAGAGCGAGGCCGCUCGCACGGUCAACCAUCACGCCUGUCGCACGCUGUGAACUAUGA